AUGCCUUGUUUACCACCUAUUUACUCAGAUGUCUUCUUUCAGCCUCUGACAGAAGAUGUGGAGGAACUCCUGGCUCGCUUCCAGCAAUCUGACUCUGUGAGAUAUGAGGAGUUUACGGCUAUCUGGAGGCAGAUGGGCUUCUCGGACGUCUUCAGAGGCAUCACCAACACGAGCGAAAUGAGGAGAUUUUGCAGAGUAGCGAUGACCACGGCUGUGAAGUACUUCAUGCCACCGUACAGCUACCAGAUUCGAGUGGGAGGCUUGUAUUUGAUUUUUGGUUUUUACAACACUCAACUGGCUAUACCACCUGUGACGAUGAUACUGGCUCUCAAGGACUGGGGUGAAGUGCAGAAGUUUUUCACAGACUCUGUGGACUUUGGGCACCAGGAUGUGGUUUACAUAUAUCAGAAACUUGUUUCAAGCAAGGCCAUAAGCUACACCGCAAUGCCAUUUAUCCUCACCUUCCAGAAGCAGAGGAAACCGAAGCAGGAGCCUGUGUGUGCAGAGUUUAUCGAAAGGAGCACAGUGGUGCAGGACUUCCUCUCUGAGGAGAUCCUGGAGGAGCUGGCCAACCUCCAGAGCCAAUAUGAGAAGAUGAAGGAGACCACCGAGGGGGUCGGCUGCCAGAUCACCAUGACGCAACAAAACUUUGCAGGCCAAGUGAGAGACUGCAUGUCAGAGUUCGUCACUUGGCAGCAGAAGACUUUCUCACAAGAUAACAAGGAUGAUGAUGAUGAGGAUGAUGAUGAGGAGAGGUCAGCUGAGGUUGAGUCCAGCAGCAGAGCCAGACUCCUGUCCUCCAUCAAGAAGAAGAGCUAUGGCAACUUCCAGGAGGCGUCCAAAUCCAGGAGGCACAGGCAGGGCGUGACGGUGGACUCCUCCAGUUCAGGACCAGAGCAGGUUGGAGAGACGGCCACUCAGGUUGGGGGGCGCAAGAGACCACCUUCACUGAGGGCUCGGACCUGGGAGAGCCUCGGGAAGAUUCAGGAGGAGAGUAAAGUCCGGCUUUGGCUCCUGACCGCACCCGAGUAG